AUGUCGUCAAGUGGCACCAUAAGUAACUAUUAUGUGGAUUCUAUCAUAGGACAUGACAACGAGGAGGUGUACGGCGCUAGAUUCUCCCAGGGUGGUCACAGCACGACCUCUAGGCCACCAGGUGUUGGGGAGCCUUCAGAUUUCUCUUCUUGCAGCUUCGCCUCCAAAUCGGGCGUCUUCCCCACCUCCUGGUCCACGGUGCACCCCCAGCCUUCCUCAGGAAUGACUGGCCUCUACCACCCCUACAUGGCUCAGUCCCACCUAGGCUCAGACAGCAGCAGAUACACGGUGCGAUCCUGGCUGGAGCCCAUCACCAGCUCCGCGUCCUCCUUCCCUGGAUUCCACCCCAACGGGCGCAACUACGGGAUCAAACCUGAGAGCACCCCGAAAAGGACCGAGUGCUCCUCCUUUGAACCCCAAGGGAUCGGCCUGGCUGAGUACACGUGCGAUUCCUUUGCAGAAACGCCAGAGAAACCUCCACCUAAAGAGCUGGCGACCAGCGAAGAACCUGAGCAGGACACUGAAUGUAAAGAGGAGAAGCAGCAGCCACAGCAGCAGCAAAAACAGCAGCAACAACAGCAACAACCACAACAACAAAUUGACCCAAACAAUCCUGCAGCAAACUGGAUCCAUGCUCGUUCCACCAGGAAGAAGCGAUGCCCCUACACCAAAUACCAGACCCUGGAGCUGGAGAAGGAAUUCCUCUUCAAUAUGUACCUCACCCGGGAUCGCCGCUAUGAAGUGGCCCGAAUUUUAAACCUCACUGAAAGACAGGUUAAAAUCUGGUUUCAGAACAGAAGGAUGAAAAUGAAGAAAAUGAACAAAGAAAAAGGCAAUAAAGACCAAUAA